AUGAGCGGCAUAUUUGAGCGUCUCCCCAUGGAGAUGCGCCAGCUCAUCUGGACCAUGGCGCUCGGUGAGCACGGCGACAUCCCCACCAUGGUACCCUAUCGCACCUCCCGACCCUACAUGCUCGAGGAGGAGGAGAGCGACUACGAAGAUUACGCAAACUACGGCGAAGAUUACCUGAUGACCGACACAGGCGAUGUUCCCCCUGAUCACGGAGACGAGGCGACGGUGAAUAGUGGCGUCCCGGUGGCGGAGCGGGUUGCGCCAACUGCGACGCUGCCGAGCAGCAGUGUGACGAGGAGAGACGUGGACGACGACAACGACAGGGACGACAGGCAGGACCAAGAUAGCGACGACGAUUUAGACCGCUAUGACGUCGAUGGGGAGGGAGACGACGACUCCCUCGACACCGACGUUGGCGACUUCGAGCCCGGCAACCCGUACGCUCAGGAGCGCGCCUGGGACGACGACGUGCUGAUUCCCGUUUACCUCCCACCGCUGCUCCUCGUUAACCGAGAGGCGCGCGCAAUCACACUCGACUGGCUCGCCAAGCACAACGUGCAGCUAACCCGCACCAAGAUCGCCAAGGGCGAGAUUGACGCCGGGUUCCCCCCGACACCGGAAGGCGAACUGCCACCGUACGUGCGCCGGUACGACCCUGCUCGCGACCACCUGUGGGUCGACCGCUAUUGCUGGCGGCGCUUCUGCGACCGGCUGCAUAUGUCGCAUGUGCUGGGCGGCGUCCUCACGGAAGAGGAGCUCGAGCCGGAGCAGCUAGAGCAGCUGGAGCCGCCGCACGACAUCGGCGCUGAGAUCCGUAACCUGGCGCUGCCGGCAUUCACCGUGUAUCAGAGCACGGAGGCGGUUGCGGAUGCGGUGCGCUUUAUGCCGGCGAUUGAGAGCUUGGCGUGCAUAUGGGGGGACCUGCCGACGCACGACUGGCGACCGGACCUCAUCUACGAGACGGUCAAGGACGAGGAGGGCAGGGAUAGAACAAAGGUGAGGCAGCUGUUGAUGCCGCGGUGGGACCACGUGCCGUUCAGCGAGACGGUGUCGGAGGAGGAGAUGGAGCGCCGCCGGCGGGACACGGAGCGGAUAAGGGCGGAGGUGGCGGCGGCGCGUGGGAAGGGCAAAGAGGUGAAGAAGCCGGACGGCGACGACGACGAUGAGGAUGAGGAUGAUGAGGAUGAUGAGGAUGAUGAUAUGGAGGAUGAUGAGGAGGAGGAAGAGGCCAGGGGCCCGCUGGUCACCAUGUGCUCCGCAGACCCGGAUAACCGCCACUUGCUGUUCCACGAGCGCGGGUACCUGGGCAACUGGAUGCAGGAGGUGUACGACGUACUCGCGCUCAUGGAGUUGCCGGACCACGUCAGGGACGACUACGACGGCUCCUUCACGUUGCCGAUUGUGCCCUGCAAGGCCGUCUGUCCAGGAGGAAAGGCCACGGGAUGGCAAAGCUUGGGCCGGCGGUAA